UACAGCUUUGCCGUGCCCACUCUUUGCACCAGGAAUACGACCCCCCAAAGAAGAAUCCAUUUCCGCUGCAAUUCUCCAUCGUCCAAUCUUCCCACCUCAAGGCGGAGGGAGAAUUGGGGGAGAAAAUCAUGGCGGCGCCUUCAUUGUCUUCCAUGGUUUUCCGAGUCUCAGAUUAUUCACAUCCGUCUUUGACAGCGAAGGGCAAUUGGAAUUCAUCACAAGCUUUUUGCGGCUCUCAGAUCCCACCCCGGUUUACCUCCAUCUGCUCCUUUCACACUUCGUUUUGUCCUUCUCGACCACUCAUCCGUUCAAGACAGAGUGGAACAUUUAGAGUUAGAGCAACUGUAAUACAAGAAACUGAAGAGAAAGUGGUUAUAGAAGAAUCACCCCCACCCAAGAGCCUGUCUGGAAGUGAAGGAGGAAGCAAUGAGGAGCCUGCAUAUGAUACUUCCACUGAUCCAAAUAAAUGGGUCGUAAAGUUGGAGCAGUCUGUUAAUAUAUUCCUCACGGAUACAGUGAUAAAAAUGCUUGACAGCUUGUACAGUGACAGACAUUACGCAAGGUUUUUCGUUCUUGAAACUAUCGCAAGAGUUCCUUAUUUUGCAUUCAUGUCUGUUCUGCAUAUGUAUGAAAGCUUUGGUUGGUGGAGAAGAGCCGACUAUUUGAAAGUUCACUUUGCUGAAAGCUGGAAUGAGAUGCACCAUCUCCUCAUAAUGGAAGAAUUGGGUGGAAAUGCUUGGUGGUUCGACCGGUUUCUUGCUCAACACAUUGCAAUUUUCUACUAUCUCAUGACAGUUUUCAUGUAUGCCCUGAGCCCAAGAAUGGCAUAUCAUUUCUCGGAAUGCGUGGAGAGCCAUGCAUUUGAAACUUAUGAUAAAUUUGUCAAAUCUCAUGGAGAUGAGUUGAGGAAACUUCCUGCACCAGAAGUUGCUGUGAGAUACUACACUGAAGGCGAUUUGUAUUUGUUUGAUGAAUUCCAAACUUCAAGGGUGCCCAAUACUCGAAGACCAAAAAUAGAGAACUUGUACGAUGUAUUUGUGAACGUGAGAGAUGACGAAGCGGAGCAUUGCAAGACUAUGAAAGGGUGUCAGAGGCACGGGAGCAUUCGGUCCCCACACUCGUAUUCAGAGGAGUGCGACGUCGUCUCCUCCCACCACUGCCGUGACUGUGAAGGCAUCCUCGACUGCAUCCAGAAAUCCGUUGCUGAUUGAUUCCCUCCACAAGUUCGUCGGGAGUCGAAUCGAAUGUUACGUGUCAACACGAGAUUAGU